AUGGCUGAAAUUGACGAUAAGUCCAGGCAGCAAGUUCUGCGUCACAUGAAUGCCAAUCACCGUCUCGAUCUUGGCCUCUAUCUGCGUCAUGUCAACGGCCUCUCUGCCCAGCAGCUCGCCGCUGAAGGAGAACCUGAAAUGCUGGAUAUCGACUUGCAGACCAUUAGGAUUCGCACUGCCACAUCUGGAAGGGUCUAUGUCAUUCUUAUCAAGCCGUCGAUGACCUCAUGGGCCGAAUGCCGUACCCGCUUAGUGUCCAUGGCGAAGGAAGCCCGUAUCGCGUAUGGGAUCCCUCUUCCAGAAUAUGACAGCCUCGACAAAAAGCCAGCCAUGUCUGUCAUCCCCUAUCACCUGCCGGUCGGCGCCGACUAUGUGGUUCUCGGUGGCGUCGUUAUAUACGCGGUCAUGGCUGUCCUAGUCUUUACAGGCCAUGACAACGGACCCGCCAACGUAUGGUCCAAAGCCAUGACAUCUCUAGGUGUCCCGCCUCCUUCUUCAAUCACCAGCACCUCGGGAUCACUUGCCGUCAAACUCAGCACAACUAUAGGCGGCUCGUCCGGCUUCCGUCGUGUUGUGCACGCUAUCCUCCGCCCUAUGGUCGCAAUUCACUUAACAGAAGUUUGGUGGCUGGAUCGUACUCGACUGGCACCGCACAAAAUGCGUCGUGGCAGCCGAGACUGGAUUCUCUGGACGGUAUCUACUUUUUGGGAAGGGUUUCGGGCAUUCGGUCGAUUUGAUACUAUGGUAGCCGCAAAGGCAGCGAGUGCUGAACCCCGCAAACCCUAA